GUAGUGGGUAUGAAAGAGACUGGGGCGAGGAGACAGAGAGGGAGGGGAAAAUCUAUGGAUGGAGAGAAAGAGAUGCUGUUGCCAGGGAACAGCAGCCACACAGAGGACCACUGAAAACAACAGCAGGAUUAUCUAAUGGAGUGAAGAGACACAGAGGCUGGUGCUCGUUUUUCCCAAGUUGCUGUAGGGAUAAAUAAGCUGCCUCCUCCUCGGAGAGAUUUGGAUACAGAGGGAACUCAAAGAAGGGAAUUGAUAUUUAGGGAGUGGGAAAAGAUACUCCAGAGGAGCUGAGAGGCACGCUGUCGGCUCGCUCUUCACGGCCAGUCUUUCCCCCAACAAAGGUGGCCAGAGGCGGAGGAGAAAAGGGGGGGGGGGUCCAGCACAGAGGUGCCCCCUGUCUUCAGACACCUGCUGCUGGCUAGCGGCUGACAUCGAGGACACUGUAUGGCUGUGUCUGUGCGUGAGUGUGUGUGCAUGUGAAUGAGUGAAAGACUGGGAGCGUGAGAGGAGAAAUGUCAGCCUGACCCCUGCUUCUUUUUUUUUUUUCUUCUGCCGGUGAGGAGGAUCAAGACUUUCUCCUCUUGAAUCGUUGCAUUUCCGACUGAGGAGAAGGAGGGAGGACACACAGACACCGACCAGCAAGAAGGUUUUGUGGGAAUCUCACACCACUCAUGCCCGGCUCCUGCUCUCCUCUCUGAGGGAUGGGCACUACAGAGGCGACUCUACGAAUGGAGAACAUGGAAGUGAAAGACGAGUGGCAGGAUGAGGAUUUCCCCAGACCACUACCAGAGUACGGAGACAUGGAUUCCUCCUGUGGUCUCACAGACGACAGAGCCUCUCCCCCUAACUCCCUGAAUGUGAGCCCACCUGGAGGAGGAGGAGGCGGUGUGUCCUCAUCACACCGUAAGCGGCGUACACUGAUUGCCCCGGAGAUGAACCUUUCACUGGACCAAAGUGAAGGUUCUUUGCUGUCUGAUGACUUCCUGGAUACACCAGACGACCUGGACAUCAAUGUUGAUGACAUUGAUACGCCCGAUGAGACAGACUCACUGGAGUUCAUCACAAAUGGCAAUGAGCUGGAGUGGGAAGAUGACACACCAGUAGCCUCGGCCAAAGCGGGUCCCGCUGGCGGUUCAGGAGAAGCGGACGAGGAUGGGAACACCAACAACGGACGCCUCUGGAGGACGGUGAUCAUUGGAGAACAGGAGCAUCGUAUUGACAUGCAGGUCAUCAGACCUUACCUCCGGGUCAUCACACAUGGAGGUUAUUACGGCGAAGGCCUUAAUGCCAUCAUUGUUUUCUCUGCCUGUUACCUGCCUGACAGCAGCUGUCCAGACUACCACUACAUCAUGGAAAACCUCUUCCUGUACGUGGUGAGCAGUCUGGAGAUGCUUGUGGCUGAAGAUUACCUGAUUAUCUACAUGAACGGAGCCACUCCUCGGAGUAAGAUGCCUGGUAUCAGCUGGCUCAAGAAAUGUUACCAAAUGAUUGACAGAAGAUUGAGGAAGAACCUGAAGUCUUUGGUCAUCGCUCAUCCCACGUGGUUCAUACGCACUGUCCUCGCUAUAUCCAGGCCAUUUAUCAGUGUGAAGUUCAUGAAUAAGAUCCAGUACGUCCACAGCCUGGAUGAGCUGGCAGAGAUCGUCCCCAUGGAGCAUGUCCAUGUUCCUGAGUGUGUGGUGCAGUUUGACGAGGAGAGGAUUAAAGCACGGAGGGAAAGGAUGGAGCAGGAGCACAGACAGCAGGAGCAGCAGCACUCAGUCCCACAGGAGCCAAUUAAAAAGUCUGAGAGGCCGAAGUCAAUGAUCGUAGAUCAAGGAUUAUGAGAAGGGCAGAGCUUUGCAGUGUGUGACAGACAUAUGGAGCAUGAACCCUUCAAUUUAUACCCAUAUGAAGCAGUGGUCUGCCAGUCUACGUGUGCUUCCCUGUUUUACCAACAUCCAGCUGACAACCAUUUUCUGAUCAAGAUGGUCAUCGCUGCAUCUCUUUUUUCUUCCGUGUGAAACCCAUUCUUCCUCUGUGCCAGAGGGUUUCAUGUUGCAAUCUGAAUAUAUCGUCAUAUAAAUCAUCAUGUGGCUCUGGAAACAUUGCACUCUAUAAUGAAGAUUAAGAAGAAAGACAAUGAAUUUGGCAACGUUUGGCGAAGCCAUUGUGGCGUCUUAUGCCAUAACUUUGUUUAAAGGAUUACAGGCUUUCCUAUGAGCUGACAAAAUUUUACAAUUCUACUUUUUGUUAAUAAGUAAAUAAGUAUAAAUUAACUGGAAAAUAAUUGGGUUUUAUGUUCCAAAUUUAGGUUGUUUUUCUGACAAUUGGAGAUCUAAGGCUUCUGCCUGAUUGUGAUGAUUUGUACAUACUGUAUGUUAUGAAAGAUUUAACACUCGGUGAGACCAGAGAUGUCUGACAGCAACUUUAUUGAUGUAGCAGAUGCUGAGCUUGGGUCUAAUGUCGACCACAAGACCAAACUGGUUACACACAUUUAUAUUCAUGCUGAUUUGUGUGAAUAUAAUGUGUGUUUGAUGUAAAUAACAAUAGUUUUUCCAAUGCAUCAGAUGCCUUCAUUUAAAUGUUUUGCCUCAUAACUGCUGUAUCCUAAGGCCUUUUUAAGCUCUCUCUCUAUCUCGUUUGCUGACAUUUUGAAAAUGUCCACAUGUACUAACAUCUGUACUCCUGUACCUUAUGUGUUAUGAUGUGCCUCAGUCGUCUUGUGUGUAGAAAAUGCCGGAACAUGAUCAAAAUUUGCAUUUUGUGGUCUGGAAAACCCAAAUGAGAGAAUCUGUAAGAAUCAUAUGUAUAUGUUGUAAAAUGCAGUAUUUGUUUAUUUUGGCCACUCAAACAAAUUUCAUGCUUCAUUAAAUAAAUAUACUUUAUUUUUACUACCACAAUAUAUAGUAUGCACAUAAUAAUACCCUUACAAAACACGUACAAUACAUUUGUAUUGAAUCUGUAUCAGAGUGGCCAUGAAUGAGACAAGCAUUGCACAUGUUUGCAUAUUAAAAAAAUUGCACAUUUCUAUAAUUCUUAUAGAUUCUUUCAUAUGGGAACAUUUUUUAUGCAGAUUGUGGAAACAUGUUCUGACCACUAAUAGAUUAAGUAUAAAGUGGCCUCUGAAAGGAUUUUAAUCUUAUUUCAGAAUGUUUAUGUAGUGUAUGUGGAGAUUUAGUUUGUUCACUUCAGCAGAGCGACAUCUCCUUGUGUUUUUGUGAUGACAGUGUCAGCACAACAGAAUUUUAAACAUUGCUCAAACAUCCUAAUGCGUUAUGGAUUGUACAUUUCCUGGGGUUGCAUUGAUUUUCUCUACUGUCUUCCAUCUGUUCAACUUACUGUAGCAGGAGGGCAGAGGAGUAAGAAUUUUUAUUUUUGUAAAGAGCUGCAUAAUUGCAUUGCCUGCCUGCAUUGUUUUGCACUAUUGGAUUUGGUUGUCACAAAACCUUUGAUUUGUUUCAACAUAUAAUGAUGAUUUAUGUUUAUGGGAGUUGAUGUUUCUCCUAAAAUGUAUUUUGUGUUGUUAAGUGAUGUUAUGCAGUUGUGUAGCUGUUAGUAAGGCAUGGACACGUUUAUGCUUCUUUGGUACAGAAAAUAGGACUCUUAAAUUCUUAAGUGCCAUCUCAAUUCUACUUUUCUUCUUGUUCUUUUGCCUUUCUGGUACAGGAAUG